UAUCCCGCCCGUCCCAUGUCGCCCGCGCUGAGCAGGACCCUGGGCGCGUCCUCGGUGGCGGCGCUGCGCCCGAGCCCCUCGCGCGGGCCGCGGCGGGCCGCGCUCGUGCCGCAGGGGAAGAGCUGCGCCAGGGGAGUCAGGUGGGAUGCGGGGAGGGACAGGGUGGUCGGGGCGAGGUGCGUCUCCGCCGUCGCCGAGAAGGCCCCCGCGGAGGAGCAGGAGGCGGCCGCCGGCGAGAAGUUCGAGUACCAGGCCGAGGUUAGCCGGUUGAUGGACUUGAUUGUCCAUAGCCUGUACAGCCACAAGGAAGUCUUCCUUCGGGAGCUCGUCAGCAAUGCAAGCGAUGCACUGGAUAAACUGAGAUUCCUCAGCGUGACCGAUCCAUCCAUGCUGGCCGGCGGUUCUGAGAUGGAAAUAAGGAUCAAACCUGACCCAGAAGCUGGCACGAUAACUAUCACUGAUACUGGUAUCGGGAUGACAAAGGAUGAACUCAAGGACUGCCUUGGAACUAUCGCGCAAAGUGGCACCUCCAAAUUUUUGAAGGCUCUCAAGGAGAACAAAGAGCUUGGUGCAGAUAAUGGGCUUAUUGGUCAGUUUGGUGUUGGAUUUUAUUCCGCAUUUCUUGUUGCAGAAAAGAUUGUGGUGUCCACUAAGAGUCCCAAGGUAGAUAAGCAGUAUGUAUGGGAAGCCGAGGCUGACAGUAGCUCCUACGUUAUCAAGGAGGAGACUGAUCCUGAGAAAAUGCUGACACGUGGAACACAGAUUACUCUGUUCUUAAGAGAGGAUGAUAAGUAUGAAUUUGCUGACCCUACGAGGAUUCAAGGCUUAGUUAAGAACUACUCGCAGUUUGUGUCCUUCCCUAUUUUUACAUGGCAAGAGAAAUCAAGAACUGUUGAGGUAGAAGAAGAGGAAGCAAAAGAAGGCGAAGAGGCAUCAGAGGGUGAGAAGGAGAAAAAGAAGAAAACUAUCACUGAGAAGUACUGGGACUGGGAAUUGGCAAAUGAAACAAAGCCAAUAUGGAUGAGAAAUCCGAAGGAAGUAGAGAAUACUGAGUACAAUGAGUUCUACAAGAAGACAUUCAAUGAGUUCUUGGAUCCUCUAGCUCAUGCACACUUCACAACAGAGGGUGAGGUGGAAUUUAGGAGUGUCCUCUACAUUCCAGGAAUGGCACCACUUAGCAACGAGGAGAUAAUGAACCCUAAGACCAAAAAUAUCCGGCUGUAUGUUAAGAGAGUUUUCAUUUCGGAUGACUUUGAUGGCGAGCUGUUCCCUAGGUACUUGAGCUUUGUAAAAGGUGUUGUUGACUCAAAUGAUCUCCCUCUCAAUGUUUCUCGUGAGAUUCUUCAAGAAAGUCGCAUCGUCAGGAUCAUGCGUAAGAGACUUGUUAGGAAGACUUUUGACAUGAUUCAGGAUAUUGCUGAGAAGGAUGACAAGGAGGACUACAAGAAAUUUUGGGAGAGCUUUGGGAAGUUUAUGAAACUUGGUUGCAUCGAGGACUCAGGAAAUCAGAAACGCCUUGCUCCUUUGCUGCGGUUUCACUCCUCCAAAAACGAGACAGAUUUGAUAAGUCUUGAUCAGUAUGUCGAGAACAUGCCUGAAAGCCAAAAGGCAAUCUAUUAUAUUGCUACAGACAGUCUUCAGAGUGCAAAGACUGCUCCUUUCUUGGAAAAGCUGGUUCAGAAAGAUAUUGAAGUACUCUACCUUAUCGAACCAAUUGAUGAGGUAGCUAUUCAGAAUUUGCAGACAUACAAAGAGAAAAAGUUUGUUGAUAUCAGCAAAGAAGACCUAGAAUUAGGUGAUGAAGACGAGGAUAAGGAAAAAGAAAGCAAGCAGGAAUACACUCUUCUCUGUGACUGGAUAAAGCAGCAGCUCGGUGACAAGGUUGCCAAGGUUCAAAUUUCAAAGCGACUAAGCUCUUCGCCAUGUGUUCUUGUAUCUGGCAAGUUUGGUUGGUCAGCCAACAUGGAAAGGCUUAUGAAGGCACAAACACUUGGUGACACAUCAAGCUUGGAGUUCAUGAGAGGAAGAAGAAUAUUUGAGAUAAAUCCAGACCACCCUAUUGUCAAGGACUUGAGUGCUGCUUGCAAGAACGAGCCAGAAAGCACCGAAGCCAAGAGGGCAGUUGAGUUGCUGUAUGAGACUGCUCUGAUCUCCAGUGGAUAUACUCCUGAGAGUCCAGCGGAGUUGGGUGGCAAGAUCUAUGAGAUGAUGACGAUCGCCCUUGGCGGGAGAUGGGGAAGAUUGGAGGAGGCUGAAGCAACCGCCAGCGAGACCAGUGUUGAGUUUGGCUCUUCGGAAGGUACAGUGACGGAGGUUGUUGAGCCGUCUGAAGUGAGGACUGAGAGUGAUCCAUGGAGAGACUAGUUAGUUAUGUAGGCAUUCAGUUUUUCUGUUUUAUACCCUGGGAGUGGAUGAGCAAAAUAGGAGUAUCACCGGGUCAGAUUGAUGAUGGAUUGAUCAAAGGACUGUCUUAGUAACUACACUGGUCUGCAAAAUAUUGAUUGUUAUAGCCCGAGGCUAAAUUUUGUAGGAGCAUUUUCAAUGGCCGUCUAAUAAAAAAUGUCUUGUAUACGUCCCAUGCAGUUUUGCAUGUCUAA